GGGGGUGCUGGGCUGAGAGCCUUUUUAAAGCCAUCCAGUGGAGCCAGAGUGCCUUUUGUCUGUUGAUACGAUCAGGGGACCAGAGGAAGUGAAGGAGCUUGAUAGAGUUUUUCUGUCAACCUCUGUGCCUCUUCUUCCUGCUGCUGCAGCUGCUGCUCUCAAGGAGACUUGAACGGGGCUAUCUGUUUCCCUAUAUUCUGCUCCGCUCCAACAGUGCAGACCGUUCACCAUGAAGGGCACAGGGCAGAGUAGAGGAUGUCUGCCGAUGCGUUCGGGGCCGGGGGCAGCGAUGCCCAGCAAACUCUCCAGUCCUUUUGGCCCCGUGUCAUGGAGGAGAUCAGGAACCUGACUGUGAAGGAUUUCCGUGUGCAGGAGUUGCCUCUGGCUCGAAUCAAGAAAAUCAUGAAGCUGGAUGAGGAUGUCAAGAUGAUCAGUGCAGAGGCUCCGGUCCUGUUUGCCAAGGCAGCUCAGAUAUUCAUCACAGAGCUCACCCUCAGAGCAUGGAUCCACACCGAGGACAACAAGAGACGCACACUACAGAGGAACGACAUUGCCAUGGCGAUAACAAAGUUUGACCAGUUUGACUUCCUGAUCGACAUUGUGCCCCGGGACGACCUAAAGCCUCCUAAACGACAGGAGGAGAUGCGUCAGUCAGUAGCUCCAGCAGAGCCAGUGCAGUACUACUUCACCUUGGCCCAGCAGCCCGGAGCUGUUCAGGUGCAGGGCACACAACAGGGCCAGCAACCCGGGGCACAAACAGCCACGACCAUCCAGCCGGGACAGAUCAUCAUCGCACAGCCACAGCAAGGACAGAUGCUUCAAGGUGCCACCAUGCAGCAGUUACAGCAAGUGCAGGUGCAAUCACAGGGCACACCCAUCACGAGCGCUCCAGUGGCCAUGCAGGUGGGUGAGGGUCAACAGGUACAGAUUGUCCAGGCCACAGCCCAGGGUCAAGCUCAGACAGCUCAAGCCCAGGGCCAGACCAUGCAGGUCAUGCAGCAGAUCAUCACCAACACGGGAGAGAUCCAGCAAAUUCCGGUGCAACUAAACACAGGUCAGCUACAAUACAUCCGUUUAGCUCAGCCUGUCUCCGGAGCACAAGUGGUUCAAGGACAAAUUCAGACUCUCGCCAACACGCAGCAGAUCACACAGACAGAGGUACAGCAAGGACAGCAGCAGUUCAACCAGUUUACUGAUGGACAGCAGUUGUAUCAGAUUCAGCAGGUGACAAUGCCAGCAGGACAGGAGUUGACCCAACCAAUGUUCAUUCAGUCCACCAACCAGACAGCUGACGCACAGGUCACGCAGGUCACCACUGAAUAAGCCCAGCCAGGAACCUUUCCUUCACACACACAAAACACACACCAGCCCAUGUGAUGCCGACACAUGCAACCAACCCUGUCAAAGGACACUUGAUAAUCUUGAUUUUAAGCACGGACGAGGGAGCUAAAAUCUUGUAACGCUCAUUUUUUUUGUAAUAAAUUUAGUACACUGGAUCAAAAACCAAAGGGACACUAAUUGACUUUCUUAAAACAUGUUAAAUUACAUCAAUGCAUAGUUUACGUUUUUUUUGUACUUCUGUAACUCCGCAUCUGUGCAGAAAGUGUGCACACACUGCCACAGUCCCUGACAACAGUCUUCUCCCCCUCUCAUCUCUUGUCCAAACUUAAAAGGUUUUUAAAACAUAAAAAAGUGUGUGUUUAAUUCCUUCCUUUCUACUCUUCAUUUAAAAAUGAUUUGGGGAAGUGUCCAUCUCUGUCUACAUUACCUGCUUCUGGCCUGUUUAUCUGUGGUUGGAGGUAGCCAUGGGACACUUCACCUCUUGCUUUCCUUAUGGGAAGACAUGAAUCAUACCCUCUUCAUUGUUUGUCAUGUAUUUGAUGGAUAAAAUGAAGCCAUAUACCUCAGAUAUCACUUUUUACAACGAGUCAAUCUAAGGGAUUGCCAGAAGAGGUUUUAAGAUUCAAUGAUCAUUUCAUGUAGUUGUGUUGUUUUUCUAAAUUUAAUGAUGAAGCAUGACUUAACAAUGUAAGGGCUUCAAACUGUGUAGUCUACCUGUAUGUGACACUCUUCUAUUUUGUUCUUUUCAUUCACUCUCUCUUCAUCCCUCUGUCUUGAGAGUGGGGAAACUGUUCUCUGCCUCUAUGCAGUUUCACUCUACUCGGGUUGUUCUGGAGUCUUGUGCCCUGGUUUAAGUCUCAUGUACAAACACAUGACUCCGUCAGGAGCAAAAAAACAAACAAACAAAAAAAAAAACAACAAACAAAAACACCCUUUUUAUAGAUCUCUAAUUUUUUUUUUCAAUACAAGUGUUUUUUCUUUUGAUUUUAAAAUGAUGUUUGGCCUCAUAUCUAUCAUCAUUUUUGUACAGUAAUGAUUAUUAUCAAUGUUCUUCUUAUUAUUGUUUUUGCAUGUAGUUCGAACUGCCAGCAUGACAUGCAAUAGAUAGGUACAAUUUUAUUUUUGAUGUUCCUUUUUUGUAAGCAAACUUUGUUUGUGAGAAAAAAUAAAAACCAUAACUUGUCUAAGA